UAUUUGUUUUUAAUGCAUAUACAUGAAUUUUUACUAAUUUAUUGUAAAUCGUGUACAAUUCGAAUUUUGUUGUGCUAAUUAUAUAGCACACAAUAAUAAUUAAUAGAAUGCAAAGACGUAGCACAAUUUUUAAAAUCAUUAUCGAUCAACUGGUGGUUCGUGAGUUUUUUUGUAUUACCGAAGAUAAUUUGUUUUGAUAAAAUUAUCAAAUUAGUUUGCACUGGCGUAACAUAGAAUCGUAAACCGCGGGAACGUUUAUCAGAAUGGCAAAUAGUGGAGGUUUAGGAAUAGUGAUGUCCACUUCGACUUUCUUAAAUGAUUCACAGACGCUUUGAUAAGAGGAGUGAGUUCUAAUGAAGAAACGUCAAGUGGUGCCGUUGAUCCAACAGGAUUUAAGCCAUGAAGAGACGAUAAUUCAAAUAGCAUACGCUUUAGACUCGUUGCAGAAUCUAGUCAAUAACGCUUUUACAAACGUCGAGAGCAAUAUCGAAAAGCAGAAGGCCAAAUUAAAAAGCUUGCAGAGCAGGUGUCACAGGGUGGCUGACAAGGUGGACAAGCUGAAAGGAAUCAACAAAUCAAUUAGAGUCCAUUCUAGCUACAAAUACCCAGUUCCAUACCCUGAUAGUUAUUUUAAGUACGAAUACAUCAGUCCUGAACUGCCUAAAGAGGAAAAUAUCAGAAUACAUUAUACACAGCUUCCUCUGGACAAGUUGUCCCUGAAAGAAAAGCUCAAUUUUUAUCAUGUUAAGGAAAGUAGCGUUCGUAUGAGGAUGAAUGACGAGAUAACUCCAUUGACUGGUCUCGGCCCGUUGCCCAAUAACAUUAAAAGUGUCAGUUCGUUGUUACUUUUCAACAACGCACAGAAUAUGUAUACGCAGUAUAAGUUCCUCGAUCCUCUUAGCUCCGUUAAUAUGAAUAGUGAUGCUAAUGUAAAAAAUGUGGCUCCUGUGAUCGAACCGGCUCCGAUUUCGAUAUCCUCAAACGAGCCAUUUGGAUACAGAUACAACCAGAAUUAUUUCUACACUCCUACUGUUCAAGAUCUUCCGGAAAUCGACGCUCCGCAGAAUCUGCCUCAUCUCUCGGGAAUCGCCGAUGAUCUUCAGUUUAAUGUCGAUUCGCAUAAUACAGACAGUUUUCAGUAUGUUGAUCAUAACGAUUCGACGAAUGAUGUACAGGAAGACAAAGAGCCGAUACAGUUACUUGACGAGCUGCCAAAAUUAGAAACAAUAAAAGAGACGGUGCUGGUGCAAGAAGUGCCACCCCCUCAACCGCCGCCGCCACCACCACCUCCCCCUCCUCCACCACCACCUCAAGAAACAGAAAUAAUCAAAACUGAAAAGUUUUCCAUCCCAGAAGGAAACGUCUCCAAUGCAAACACCAAGGUAAUCCGAUCUCAAGAAUCCGACGCCCGAGCUAAUUUGAUGGAAGCCAUUAGACAAGCGGGAGGAAGCGGAAAAGCCAAACUGAAAAGUGUCUCUUCCAGUGAUCCAUCUACCACGGCAAAGUCCAAACUUCCCUCUGGCAAUAGUCUAAUGGACGACCUACAUGCCAAACUUUCAAUGCGAAGAAAAGGGAUAUCUGGCAAAAAUGACAAUCCUGAUGGCAUGUUUGACAAAAUGAUGGCAAAGAUUCCUAUCCUCAUUCCUAAACCUGCCAAUGAUCCUGACGAUGACGAUGAUGAUUGGGAAGAUUAACUUUAUUAUAAAUCUGUGUAUAUGUUUUUAUAAGUUUUGUAUAGAACUAUUCCUCUAUAAACUAUAAUUGUUUUCAAAUUGUUGGAUAAUAUAUAUAAUAUAGCUUAUACA